AUGUCAAAAUUACAAAGAUGCGCAACUGCUGGAACCCUGGAAGCCAAAAUGACACACUAUGCACCAGAUGGAACUGGUAGGGAUUCCUAUGUCACUUUAUAAAAUGGAGGAAUUUGGAAAGAAAUUUAAAUUUAAUGUGUGCAUCCUGAAUUAGGAACCUUUAGCAAAUAAAAACAAUGGAAACCUCCUGCUCCUAUGAUGGUACCCAAAUUUAGACACUAUCAAAGUGAUGGAUCUGGAAGAGAUAAUUAUGUAAUUGCUGAUGAAGGAGGACUGGCUCCAUCAUCAUAAAAGUUUCAAAGAAGAACGAACUUCUUCACAUCUUUAAGAGAUUACGAACCUUGUCCUCCAAUAAAAUAAUAGGAUUGCUUUAGAUUGGCUCAAACUCCAAGUGCACAGUCUUUUAAACAAUUCUUAAAAACUCAAUAAACAGCUACUUAGUAAACUGAUUUGACUCGAAGAUUAAAUGUUCCCAAGAAAUCCGAAGAUCCUUAUAAAAGAAUAAGAAAGCUGUCAGCUCCAUUUUAUAAAAAAUGA